CAUACUAUAAAGGAGAACACUUUCACUGGUUCCAAUGUUAGUAGAGUGAUAAAGACAAAUUUGUACACUGUGUUUACUACUUGGGUCUUUUGGGAUUAUCAUGAAACUGUCAACUGACUUCACCUUUCCCCUCAUCGUCUUGAUGACUUUUGUUGAGCUCUUCGACUUCGUCACAGCCCGUCCCGCUAUGCCUCAAGGAAAAAAUGAUCUGCGAGUGCUUUACCAAGACAUGCGUAAGCUAUUCAACAUAGUAUCUCAAGAAAAGCAUGAGAAUAAGCUGAACGACUUUGAACAACCGCUCACAUCCCUGCCCUCUCUGGACUUCAGAACAGAAGACCUGAAAACACUUGAGGUGAGCAGUACCUUAGAACAGCUGUACUCUGGUCUUAAAUCCUUCAAGUUCCAUCUUGACUGGAUCCAGCAUGAACAAGACAAAUUGGACAUUGAUUAUUCUAAGACAAAGAAUAGCCAUCUUAUCAAUCUCAUCGACAGAGUGCUCAAACAGAUUGAGACGCCAAUUUCUGAGCUCGUCCACCCUUCCCUGCCUCAACUGAAAACAGCCUGGAACUUGAAACAGGCCAAUCUGGAGAUCAAAGACAAACUGUACUACUUUUGCCACUGGUACAUUAGAGCACUGCUAGGCCUGAAACCGAAACAAUAGUGAUCACACAACAUCAUUUGACACCAGUAGCCAUCAGCUUAUCUCCAUGAUGCAAGUAAACGCAAGAUGAGGUCAACAGGCAUCGUGCUAGCAUCGUCUGGCUUGCCUUAAUGUUUGAAGGGAUGGAAUGAACGGCCCAGCCUUUAGAAGUCAUCUUCCAUCAGUUAACGGUUCCUUUGUGUGAUGUUAUAAUAUUAUUAAUAAGUUAUGUAUUUAAUAUUUAUUGAAUUGAGUUUUUUGUUUACAAUGAAGGAUUUUUUAUACAUCGAGAAAAAAAAUAGCACUUUAAAUAUAUUAAGUGUCUCAUUUUAAUGAUGAAAUUUGUAUGCAAAAUCAGCUGCAGGCAGUUGCUAAUAAUGACCAAUAGGUGUCGCUAUCAGGUGUAAUAUUGACUAAUAGGUGUCGUUACUGUGGUACAACUGUGAAGUAUUAUUAAAUGCAGUUUAGGACCUGCACUCCUUUAAUUAUUUCUGUUGAAAGUUAGUAAUUUUGCGAAGAUGUAGUGAAUCAACAUACUUGUUAAACAACAUAGCCUACCUAUCUUUUAAGGUUACGGUAAGACUGUGUUUGACAGGAAUGUUGACCAGAAGUUUGGUAAAAUCACCAUAAAACUGGGAAUUAAAUACAAAACAACUUCCAUUUUUUUAUUGUGAACAUUGAAAAUACAGUCUAAAUGAAAUGUAACUUAAGUGCCAACCUAUAGCAGAGAUGAACU